UUGCACCGCACCAGUGGUGUGCGGUGGGCAUCACAUGCAUCUGCACCCAACAACAUAGCGCUGGAGCGGAUACGCAACAUCGGCAUAUCUGCGCACAUCGACUCUGGCAAGACGACCCUCUCAGAGCGCAUCCUGUUCUACACCGGCCGCAUCAGCGAAAUGCACGAGGUGCGCGGCAAGGACAACGUGGGCGCCGUGAUGGACUCGAUGGAGCUUGAGCGGCAGCGUGGCAUCACCAUCCAGUCGGCGGCCACCUACACCAUGUGGAAGGACCACAACAUCAACAUCAUCGACACGCCAGGUCACGUCGACUUCACGGUGGAGGUGGAGCGGGCUCUACGCGUGCUGGACGGCGCCGUGCUGGUGCUGUGCGCCGUCGGCGGCGUCCAGAGUCAGACGCUCACCGUCAACCGCCAGAUGAAGCGCUACAGCGUGCCCUGUCUGGCGUUCAUCAACAAGCUGGACCGGGCCGGCGCCAACCCGCACCGCGUGCUCGCGCAGAUGAGGACGAAGAUGAAUCAUAACGCGGCCUUUGUGCAACUGCCCAUCGGCCUGGAAGGAAACACUCAAGGGCUGGUGGACCUCGUCCAACAGAGAGCCAUCUAUUUCGACGGCCCAUUCGGCGAGAUCGUGCGGUACGACGAGGUGCCGGCCGACAUGAGGGCUGAGGCGGAGGACGCGCGGGCAGAACUCAUCGAGCACGUGGCCGACGCAGACGACGAGCUGGGCAUGCUGUUCCUGGAGGAGCAGACGCCGUCGGAGCAGCAGCUGGCGGCGGCCGUGCGCCGCGCCACGCUCGCCCGCCAGUUCACGCCCGUCAUGAUGGGUACGGCGCUCAAGAACCGCGGCGUGCAGCCGCUGCUGGACGGCGUGCUCGCGUACCUGCCCAACCCGGCCCAGGUGGAGAACUUUGCGCUCGACGAGACCGUCCUCACGCCGGAGGGUAAGCCGAAGCAGGUCCGGAUGAGCCCGCUGCGCGACAGCUCGCACCCGUUCGUCUCGCUGGCGUUCAAGCUGGAGGCGGGCAGGUUCGGCCAGCUGACGUACCUGCGCUGCUACCAGGGCCGUCUGGCCAAGGGCGAGAUCAUCUUCAACACCCGCAACGGCAAAAAGGUGCGCGUGGCCCGCCUGGUGCGGCUGCACUCUGACCAGCUGGAGGACGUGGACGAGGUGUUCGCCGGCGACAUAUUCGCCCUCUUCGGCGUCGAUUGCGCCUCCGGAGACUCCUUCGUCUCAGACGCCCGGCUGAACCUGUCCAUGGAGUCCAUCUUCGUGCCGGACCCCGUCAUAUCGAUGUCCAUCAAGCCCAAGAACAGCAAGGACGUCGAGAACUUCGGCAAAGCCGUCAACAGGUUUACCCGCGAGGAUCCCACGUACAAGAUCAUGUAUGACGACGACUCCAAGGAGACGAUUGCGGCUGGCAUGGGCGAACUGCACCUGGACAUCUACGCCCAGCGAAUGGAGCGGGAGUACAACUGUCCGGUGGUGAUGGGCCAGCCGAAGGUGGCCUUCAGGGAGACGCUGCUGGAACCGUGCUCAUUCGACUACCAGCACAAGAAGCAGUCGGGCGGCGCCGGCCAGUACGGUCGGGUCCUGGGCGUGCUGGAGCCCCUGCCAGCCUCCGAAAACACCAAGCUGGAGUUUGUGGACCAGACAAUGGGCACCAACGUGCCCAAGCAAUUCAUUCCUGCCAUCAAAAAGGGAUUCAUGAACAUGACGGAGAAAGGCGCCCUAACUGGUCACAAGAUCUCGGGCGUGCGCUUCCGACUGCUGGACGGCGCCAGCCACGCGGUCGACUCCAACGAGAUCGCCUUCAUCCUGGCCGGCCAGGGCGCCGUCAAGGAGGCGUACGCCAGCGGCCACUGGCAGGUGCUGGAGCCGAUGAUGUCUGUGGAGGUGUCGGCGCCGGCUGAGUUCCAGAGCGCGGUGAUGGGUCAGCUGAACCGGCGCGCGGGGGUCGUUCUCGGCCAGGACAGCAACGAGGGCUGGUUCACUGUCUUCGCUGAGGUGCCUCUCAACAAGAUGUUCGGUUACGCCACCGAGCUGCGCUCGGGCACGCAGGGCAAGGGCGAAUUCAGCAUGGAGUAUGCCCGGUACGUGCCGACCACGCCGGACGUGCAGGCGCGCCUGGUGGAGCUGCACGAGCAGGCGAUGGCGGCGGCGGCGGGUGUGUGGGGGUGGGAAUCGGCACGGUUCGGCGGAGAGGUGGAAAGCAGGUCGCUGAUGUCGAGGGUCCGCUCGCGCCUGUGCCGCGAGAUCGCGCUCGACGCACGCCCCCAGUUCACGCGGUUCAUGCUGGCCGGUGAGACCACCUGCGUGUGCGUGUCAGAGACGGAGGCGACUUGCGAGCCGCUGCGGCUGUACCCGACCGUGGAGCCGGGCUCGCCGGCAGCGCAGCUGCAGCAGUUCCACCGGCCACAGGGCUCCCAGCACGCGCAGCAGGCGAUGCUCGCCUUCCAGAUCCAGCACCAGUGUCGCCCGUUCUUCGUGGCCAACAUCGGAGUCCGCAAUCAGCUGACGCCGGAGGAGGGCAGCCCCGCCUAG